AUGGUGAAAUCCACGAAAAAAGAAGUGGUUGAUAAUAGUCAGUCAAAAAUUUCAAGCUUUUUUGGGAAAGGUACAAAUUCCAAUGGAAAGUUGUUUACGACUGUUGGAUCUUCUAAGCUACGUUUACCAAAAAGGAAGGAUAAUGUCAUUAUCACUGAUAAUGCCCCGCCAGAUAAAAGUCUGCCUUUUAAGGCCUCCAGGAAUCCAGAGAUACAUUCUAUAGAGAAAGGUCCCUGUAACAGCAAACCAAAUUCUUCAACUUUCUUUACAAUUAUUCAGAAUCCUGCUGCCAAAAAUAUUUCUCAGGACAAAAUAACCGAAUCCGAGCCUAUAGAACAUAAAAAACAUUCCUCGUCUCAUGUAAUGAAUGAUUUAACAAAUUCUUUCAACAAGUCUGACCAAGGUACAGAUCAAGAUGACUUUGACAAGCAAACAGUUAAAUCAACCCUGAAAAUCUCUUCCUUAUCCUCACAAUCCUUGACUCCCAAGACUAGUAGUGACUCAGAACCUCUGCUCCUUAGUUCCUCACCCACAUUUCCAAAGACCAAAACUUAUAAUUCCGUUCAUGUCAUUCCUGAAACUCCAGAAAAUAAACCAAGAAAAAUCAUCAGUCGAACUUUCCUUGCAUCUUCAGCUCAGUUGAAAAACACUGUGGAAAACAAAAUCAACCAAGCCAAAAAUGUGGAGCUUUUAAAAAUGAGGAACAAAACUAAGCGACCAAAGCCAUGUGUUGCUAACCCUGUUAAACAUUUUGAUCAAUCUGUUGAUCAUAUAUUGAGUUCCAGUUUAGAGAAAUUAUCUCCUUUUAAACCAAGAACAAAGUGUCCAAAGAAGACAUUGCCACCAGUCGCCCCUGCUUGUGCCAGUUAUAACCGGUUUCAAGUGGACAAUGUACAGCAUCAUGGCAAUGACAAAAUCGAAUUGACUUUGUUGAAUGGAAAUUGUGCCAGGACAUGUAUGUUGUAUGGAUUCUGGUGUGACAGCCAUGUUGUGCCAGGCGAUGUUGUGAAUGUUUUAGGGGUCAGCCCUGAUUCUUCUGGAGUGUACCACAUCACAAAUCAAGAGGGACUUUUGGUGAUCAAUCCAGAUACACUAGUGUCAGGGACGUCAAUUGUUUCAACUUUGUUUUGUAUGCGCAAGGCAAUUCUUAAUGAAAGAUUUAAAGGUAUUGACAAAGGCAACGUACACAUGCUGUAUGGAAGUGUUAUUCAUUGUCUCUUUCAAGAGGUAAUGCAGAAGAAGAUGAGUGAAGAGAAACAACUUCUUGACAAAAAAAAAAAAAAAUCAGACGACCCAAUUGAAGAAAAAGAUAUACCAAAGUAUGGGCAAGGGAUGACAGAAUCUGCAGUCAUGGAAGAAAUUGUUAAAUACAUCCCAAGUAUUGUAACAUGGAUACAAAAACAUACAACAUUUGCCAAGACACCUAUUUCAGCUGGGAACCAAACAAUGGUUACUGAAAUCAGAGAUAUUGAAGAGAAUAUUUGGUCCCCAAGAUUUGGAAUGAAAGGAAAAAUUGAUUUAACAGUUGAAGUCAAGAUAAAAAACAAAAGAAAGAAGAUUGUUCCUUUAGAAUUGAAGACUGGACGAUCAAGUUUCUCAGCUGAGCAUAAAGGCCAGGUCACCCUAUAUUCUAUGAUGAGCUGUGAUCGUCAAGGUGACCCUGGCGAGGGUUUGUUGCUUUAUUUAAAGGAUCAGCCUCUUAUGGACACCAUUCCUGCUGACCAACAGAAUAAAAGAGGAUUGAUUCAACUACGAAAUGAAUUGGUAGAUUACCUUCAAAAUUCCCUGAAGCAGCAAAGCCCUUUGCCAUCUGAUUUAUCUGUUCUCUUGGGAAAUUUACCAGAGCCUAUCAAUAAUCAAAGAGCCUGCCCAAAAUGUCCACAUCUUCUCAAUUGUUCCUUAUAUCAGAAAUCAAUGCCUCAAAUGCAACCCCCAAGCAGAAAUUGGUCUAAUUUGUUGGAGACAACACUGAGCCACUUGUCUAAGCCCCAUCUUGAUUAUUUUGUCCGAUGGUGUGUAAUGAUGGAAAUGGAAAAUUGCAGCAAGAAGAGUGGGGAGGCAGUUAAGGGCAUUUGGUGUAGUUCAGGCAUUGAUAGAGAACUUAAAGGAGAAUGCCUGAGCAAUCUGCAACUUUCAAUGUCUGAAAAGCUUCCUGAUGGUGAGAAGUUUCUGAAUACCUUUCAAAGGCAUCCACUUUCAAAAUUAAAGCAAGAGUUUGCCUCCUUGGACACCAUAGGACUGUGCAGUCAGGAAAGUGUUGCUGUCAGUGCAGAAAGCAAGAAUCAAGUUGUGUUAUGUACUGGAAAUAUUUACAGAAUCACACCUGAAAAUGUUGUUGUUAUCAGUGACAGAAACCUUCAGGCUGAACCUGAUUUUGCUUCUCUUGUUUUUCGAGUUGACAAGUGUGAUACUUACAACACAUGGGGGACAUGCUACUGUAACUUGUCAAUCCUAAUGUCUGACAGUGCCCAUUGUGCUCGAUUGCGAGAGUUGAUCAUAGACCAUCAAAAACCACGACUUCAGACAACUUUACCAAAGAGCUUGAUUCUAAAAGUGAAAACUGUAUUCAAACCAUUAAACAAGCCACAAAGAGCAUCAGUUCUUAAAGUUUUAAUGAGUGAAGAUUAUGUCAUUGUUCGUGGUUAUCCAGGAACAGGCAAAACUUCAACUAUUGUUGCUUUGAUCAAAGUUUUGACAAACCUUGGCUUAUCAAUUCUCCUUGCCAGUUACACUCAUUCUGCUGUUGAUAACAUUCUCUUCAAGUUGAAAAAGGAGAAAGUUGAAUUUUUGCGACUUGGGAGAAAGGAACGGAUACAUCCUGAAAUUUAUCCAUUCUCAGAGGAUUUUUUAAUAAAGUCAGUGACUAAUGUGGAGGAAUUGAAAAAGCUGUAUGAAUCAAAGCGUGUUGUGGCAACUACGUGUUUGGGAAGCAACCAUGUUCUUUUCUCUACUCAGCACCAAAUGUUCGAUGUGUGUAUUGUGGAUGAAGCAUCACAAGUGACUCAGUUGGCUUGCAUUGGUCCACUUUUCUCAGCGAAGAAGUUCAUUUUAGUUGGAGACUCUAAACAACUACCACCAGUUGUCCAAAGUAAGCAAGCCAAAGCUCUUGGAAUGGACCAAAGUCUCUUUGAAUUGCUAGAAAAUCAAGGAGCCACUGUUGAGUUACAUUUACAAUAUCGAAUGAAUAGUGAAAUAAUGGCAUUGUCCAAUGAGCUGAUGUAUGAAGGUUGUCUCAAAUGUGGCACUGUUGAAGUCUCGGCUCAGACAAUCAAGUUGAUCAAUAUUGAAUCUCUGAAGAAAAUGUUACCUUUUUGGUUGAAUGACAUUCUGAGUGAAGACCUAGAAAAAUCUGUGGUUUUUGCAAACACAGUCAAGGUUCCAGGUCGAGAAUGUUAUAAUUCUCGAGGAGAAGUAAUGAAUGAAAUUGAAGCUCAUCUCGUUGCAAUGAUUGUACAUACAUUAUUUUUGGCGGGAGUUUCUGCGUUUGAAAUUGGUGUCAUUGCUCCAUACAGAAACCAAGUGAAACUUGUUCAGAAAACUUUGGGGUCAGUGCUGGAAGGUCAGCCAGUGCAGACUGUUGAAGUGAACACAGUUGAUCAGUACCAGGGCCGAGAUAAAGAUGUUAUCAUUGUAACAUUUGUUCGAAGUCAGUCCCACAAUAACUCUUCCAAUCCUUGCUCUGGGGAGCUUUUAAAAGACGGUCGCCGUUUGAAUGUUGCUGUGACAAGGGCCAAAAAGAAAUUGAUUCUUGUUGGGGAUGUCACAACACUGGAGCAAUUUGAACCUUUGGCAAAAAUCCUGCCUCUUUUGAGGAAGAAAAAUCAAAUAUCCUUUUUAGUUUAUCAGAUUGCAUGUUAUCUUGAUUAUUUUGGGAGAAAAAAAAAAUUAUUUUCAUUGUUUUUGCCUUUUUCCUUUGUGACCUUGGUAGCAGCAGAUCCAUGA